AUGUACUUACUUUCGAGGUAUAGUGUGAAAGAUGGAAGUAUCGAUGCCAUCUUGGAAGUCUCCAUCGACAGCGAGUUCGUUGUAAGUACGGAUGGCGCGAAGGGAAGGUUUUGUGGAGCAUUUGAGUUAGCCUUAAGGGGUCAUGAUGAAAAGGAAAAUUCGGAAAACAGAGGCAUAUUUAAGGACCUGGUGAAUUUUAGCGCCGAAUUAGACAACGAAUUGAAAGUCCAUAUUCAAAGUGCCAAACUUUUUGAGGGUACCUCAAAAACAACUCAAAACGAGCUUCUUGAGUGCAUGCUAGAUGUUUAUCAUGAAGAAGUUAAGAAGGAGAUUGCAAAUUCUCCUUUUGUUGCAGUAAUUGCCGAUGAAACGACGGACGUAGCCUGUGAAUUUCAAUAUUUGUGUAAAGGACAACCAGUUGAGAGAUUUUGGAGAUUUUACGUCCCCGACGGACACGAUGCCAAAUCAAUCGCUGCAUGCGUUUUAAAUGUUGUAAAUCCAUUACUAGAUCAAAAUCCAAACAAAUUAAUAGCUCAAAGCCAUGAUGGUGCGUCUGUUAUGAGUGACAAAAACAGGCUUAAAACUGAGUUACAAGUAUUAUAUCAGAGAGAAGAAUUGAGUACUACUUCUGGAGCUGUUCCACUAUCCAUUUUAUUGAACGAGGAAAGAUUAAAUUGUACGUUUCAAGAAACUCUUAAGCUCUUAAGUAUUUUAAUCACUAUACCGAUGUCAACAUCUGAAGCAGAACGCUCUUUUUCAAUGCUGAAACGGAUUAAAACUUUCCUCAGAAACACAAUGAAGGAAGAAAGGCUUAGUGUUUUAGGAAUGCUGUCUGCAGAAAAACAUUUUGUUAGUGGCAUUGAAUAUUUUAAUAAUAAGGUAAUCGAAAACUUUGCUACCAAAAAAGAAAGAAGAAUGGACCUCAUAUAUAGAAAACUAUAG